AUGCAAUAUUCAUCUCAAACAUCUCAAGAAACCUUACCUUCAAAAGCUUUUGGAAGAUCGCAAUUGGGUGAAGGAUCUGAUGACCACUCUCUUUUAGAGAAAAAAAGUUUAACUGUCAAUGAUUUUAACUAUAGCGUAGGAAUGUUAGACAAAAAACUCACCUCUUUAUACCAAUUAUGUCGUUUUGUAGCAACCAAACAGAAGAAAAUGUCAAAAAAUAUCAAAAAACUUAUUGCGUUUGAAGAACUUUCUGAUGGUUUCUGGCAAUCAGCAUACAAAGAAGUCUUCAAAGAAUUAAUUCUAACAAUACUGUACUCUACACCAAAAGAAUAUAGACUUGCACUAGAAAAGUACUUACCUAAAAAUGCUGAGCACUUUAUCGAUACAAUUGGAAGAAACGCUUGGGUUUCUUAUUUUAAUGAAAAACUUUUACCAGAAGUAUUUUAUUUUAUUUAUUUUAUUGAUAUUAGUCUCAAGUCCAAUAUAUUUUAA